AUGGAAGCGGUAUGCUGUUGCUUCAGAAUUCCGUUAAAUCAUAAUUCCACUUCGAAGAACGAGAAAAGUGUCAUUCUACCAGGUGGUACAAGGCAGAACCUGAAUGAGUCAACUGGAACAGCUGUGCGCACUCAACUGUGUGUCCCAACUACGAACAUUGAUGAGCGGGGAUUACCAACCUCAGGUCCUGGUACUGCAGACCCAGACACUAAUGUGGAAAAUAUUGGGUUACACAGCAAUGAAAUUCUCAGUUCCUAUGUUGUACUGUUUAACUAUGUUGCCCAGAAUCACGAAGAGUUGACAGUAACCAAAGGAGAGUUCUUGGAGAUCCUCAGUAAGGAAGGGGACUGGUGGCUUGCUCAGAAAGUCUGGAAAGAUUCUCAACCCUCCAGGCAUAAAAAAUCAUGCUCUGGGUUUGUUCCUGUUGAGAUACUGGCAAAGGUUAAGAGUCUGGAGGAAGAACUUUGGUAUUAUGGAAAUAUGACCCGAUUUGAAGCGGAAAACCACCUUUCUUCCAGUCAAAAUGUUGGUUUGUUUCUUGUCCGCCAAAGUGAAUCAUUGCUGGAUUCAUAUGUAUUAUCAGUUCUAACUGAAGAAUCUGUCAUGCAUUUUAUAAUUUCACAAAAUGGAAACAGCACAUUUUACAUCAAAGGAGGACCAAGUUUUAUCACUAUUCAAGAAUUAGUUAAGCAUUAUAAAAACAACUUAAUUUGUGGAAUUGAAUUAAAAAGACCAAGUGAAAAGCUAAAUCUUUUUUAUUUUUUUUACAAACAGAAAAAGCCAAUUCUUCGCCAUUUAUCUUAUAACACUGUUGGCAAAUGGGAAAGACCAAAAGAAGAAUUCACUUUAGUCAAGCGCAUAGGAACUGGUAAUUAUGGAGAGGUAUGGAAAGCCAUCUGGAACAAUAGUGUACCUGUUGCCAUUAAAAUGUUAAAAGCAGAUGAUACAGAUUCCAGCAAUUUUCUGAAAGAAGCCGAAAUUAUGAAGUGCUUCCAGCACCGGAAUCUGAUCACACUGUAUGCUGUAUGCACAAGAACACAACCUUUGUUCAUUGUUAUUGAACUGAUGAAACAUGGAGAUCUACUGAAUUAUUUAAGGAAGUCUAAUGGUUGCUUUACAAUCGUACAAUUAAUCAACAUGGCAGCUCAGAUUGCGGCUGGAAUGUCAUACCUUGAAUCCAACCGUUAUGUCCAUCUGGAUUUAGCAGCAAGAAACAUUCUUGUGGGCGACAACAUCCUUUGUAAAAUUUCAGAUUUUGGGUUAACAAAAUUGUUAAAGGGUGCCUCUGCCACUGAAAUAUCUGAUGGUAACUUUCCAGUUAAGUGGACUGCUCCAGAGGUUGCAAUUAAAAAUCAGGUUUCAAUGAAAUCUGAUGUGUGGUCCUUUGGUGUCGUUUUGUACGAGAUCAUUACAUUUGGGAAAAUACCUUAUGCCGGUAAGUAUAUUAAUCUACAAUAUAUCCUGAUUUUGAAUGGCAUAUUUUUAAUGCAACUUGCAUUAACAUUUUCUGAAAUUACAGGAAUACCAAAUAAUAUGGUACUAUUAGAGUUGGUCAAAGGCUAUCGGAUGCAGUGUCCAAAAGACUGUCCUCAACCAAUCUACAACAUCAUGAAAGAUUGUUGGAAUGAAACUCCAUCUCAAAGGCCAUUAUUUAGUACACUGAAAUUACAGUUGGAAGACUUCAUCGCAAACAAUUACAGUCCUCUGUAUUAAACAUCUUGGAAAUGAGAGAAAAGUCCUACUUGACAUUAUGACUCUGCAGGGUUUUGAACUAGGAUUAAAAAAUAAAGUUAGUGCAUCUCAUUUUUAUUUCACUGAAAACUGGACAGCAACUUUGGCCGACUUCCUACUUGAAGAAAUCAGAAAGCUACUGCCAAAAGUAUUCUACUUCUCCAUAGGGUGCAUGUUGGCUCACCAAAAAAACAUCAGUGAGCACAUGUGUAAAAUUGCAUUACUUAUCCAAUUUUUUGCACAUUACACUCACUUGCCCAUUAUCUGCAGCAUCCCAGAUAGCCUUGAUCCACUGCAGUUUGCCUGCCAUCACAACGGAUUGCAACACUCACUUCCUGCUCCUACACUUAUCUUUGGAAUAUCUAAAUAACAAGGACACCUACAUCAGACUCCAAAUUAUUGACAAUAGUUACACCUUCAACUCCACAAUCCCAUCCAAACUCAUCUCUAGAUCACUGGAACACGGAGGAGUAACAAUCAGUGAGGAUAGGCAAUAGUACAGUAAAGGCCCUGUCCCGCU